CAACUGCAUACGGUACUGCGCGAAAUACUUCCUACCGAUCCAUCUUCAAUUACAGUGGACGAAAAAGGCGGGAGGAAAGCUAACGAAGCAUCCAAGUCUAGAUAUUAGAUUUAGCCCAAUCGAUCAAUAAAGCUCUGUACAAACCUAUUCCGUCGAGAUUCUUGUGUUGUAAUUUUGGUAAGAAAGAGAGAUUGCGCCGAGAAGGCGACCAGACGAAAUAGAAGCGCGGACGGUGGAGCAACCCAGAACAAUAUAAUCGGUAAUCUCGGUGCCGAAUAUCCAUGUGACGCGACUAUCGGGGGACAACACCAAACAACCAUUCCUUCGAACUCUAGUUCGUUUUCAGAAUAGAUUACAAUCGAUUAGCUACAACGCAAAAAAAUCAACAACAUGAGCAGCAUGACGAGACCACCGAGCUUUCGGACAACGCUCACAGGAUCCAACAAUACUCCGUCCAGAAAAAAGACUUCGUCGUCUUCCCCGGCCCCUCCGCUGUCGCUAUCAUUUUACAACAAUUCCAACAACCCGCUAGCGACGCCGAACAGAAACGACGAUUCGAACACCAAUUCUAGCACUCCCAGAAAUGCCAAACAAAAAAAUGGAUACGGGAAUUACGGGACUCCCAGAAGCGGUGCCAGCAAGAAUGCCCUCCGUCCGGUGGCUGUGCGCGAACGAUCCAAGGCCAUCCAGGGUUGCAGGGAACUCAAGAACCACCGAAACAUGGAUCCAUUUUCCACAACGAUUAGUUUUUUGAUCACCCCGCCCUCCGAAGACAACAACGGAAAAGAAAACAAGGCACCAUCGCAGGCGGUGAUGCCGUUCCGGGUGAAUGUCUAUUGUGACACGGGAACUGUCGGAACGUCCCGUGUCAUAGAUGGGAAGGUCCGUCAGACGUUUAGGAGGAACAUUACGUCCCUGGACGUUGUGGAACGACUGUUGAGACAGCCGGAAGGUCCCGUCGAGAUCGGCCCCUCUCUGAUUGGCAUGACGGAUUCCAUUGAGGAUUCAAGCCACAUGAAUGGCAACAAAGACUGGACCAAAAGCGAUUAUCUCAAGGGAGUCGAAUUGGCCGAUGUGGGAUUUUGUAUCCUCGAUGGAGAAAGGGAGAAGCUUGAAAAGCACCUGAGGCAGUUGGAAGAGGAAGCGGCAAUCAAAGCCAAGGAGCAUAGUCAGCUACAAAAAGACAAAGAACAAAAGGAGCGCCAAAACACCCCAAAAACAGCAAAACAAAGCGUUCAGCAAAUAAGAAGCCACAACCCCGCUGGGAAAAUGCAAGCACAAAUGCUUGAAAAGGCCAUGGCCGCAAAGAAAACUGACGAUAGUAGCAAUGGCAACAGUACCAGAAUCGGAAGACGACGAAACAAGUUCACCAAGCUAAGAAGCCGAACUUUCCACAACAAAGAGGUCAAAAAAAACGAUGGCAACGCCAUUACUAUGAACAAUACGAAGAGAAAGGGAGGAAAACUAGCUGGGAGCAACCACAAACCAUCCAACUCCGACAUAGCAAGGCAGACUGCCUUGAGCCUCGCCAACACAGCCUUUCCACCAAAACGUACUAACAGCGAAUCCAACGCAGCUGCAAUGGCCGCCAGUGCACUCACGCGAAACGGAAGCAAUGCCUCCAAUUAUAACGAAGAUCGCAACGAUGCCCAUACCUCGAGCAGCCAUCACGUUGUGUCGUCAACGAAGAAAUCGACCAACAGCACCAAAUACAAUAAAUACAACAAAAACUCGAGCUCGUUCAAAAACUGCGGGUACGAGUUCCAUUUCAAGCUACCAUCCGAGGUCAUGAACCAGGUCGAUCAGUGUCUCAGGGACAUUGCGAAAAUGAACAAGGUCGUCAAGGGUGUGGCCACCAACGGCCGAGGGACCGUCUUCUUGUACGGAAAUGGGGGAGUUGCCUAUACCCCCGCCAUUCCCAAGGCCCUGUACCAAAAGCUUCGACAGCUCCGGUCAUCCAGCUACUCCAGGCGACCCUGUUAUGUAGCUCUCGGUACGAGGGAUCGCUAUUUUGUCUCUUUCAACGAUGGAAGCGCUGACUGGAAGGGUUCCAACGUCUUUGACAAGGUCCUCAAGAAGAAGGUCAUCAAAGUGCAGCAACAAGCAUCCGGCAGCGCGGCAAGUGGCAACAGCGUAUCAACCAGCCGGCGAAAAAGUGGUGCGAUGAGCGUGGUGAGUGCCGCUAACACCCACCACUCGAAAGACACACGGGAUUCCCAGUCUCCUGCCGCUCUUCUUCCGCGGUCCGUUGCCUUUGGGGCGACUUACGACACCUUCUUUAUCGUAUUUCACGACGGAAGCUGGCAGUACCAGGGACGAUCCAUCCCCAAGUCUCUGGAGGAUAAGCUUGCUACACGAGACGAUGCGGACGAUCUGGUCGUUUGCAACCUCGGACCAAACGGUGAGUGGUUCCUCAAGGCUGAAAACGGAAAGAUGUGGUGGUCUGGCAUCACCCCCGAGCUAGAUUCCGUCCUGAAAAAGAUUACCGCUAAGGGAUACCUCCACAACAUGGACUUUGGUGAGAAUGGAUCGUACUUUGUUAGCUACGACGAGGAGUAAUGGGACGAGCGAGGAACGUUCCAUUCAAGCGAAUGGCGAAAACAUAGAUUGCGUUUGCACUGUUGCGCAAAGAGCAGAGGAUGGAAUAGAAAAGAACAAUCAAGGACGAUACUCUCUAUUUUAAUAACACUCUAGUGUUGGAGAAGAAAAUUCAUAAUAAACAAACGUAACAAUG